AUGUCAGGUUAUGGCCUUACAGAAGCACAAAUCACUAAGCCCAUCCAGCGAUAUACUGCACAGACCAGUAGAGACAAAUCAACAGAGUAUGCAUUACCAAGUGAGAUCUUCGAGGAUCUGAAAGAGUCUUCCAGCAAAGAAUUUAGAGCAAACAUCCAAGAUUUUGCAGAAGAAGCCUUGUGUAUACCCAAGAUCAAGCGAUUCACAUAUAUUCCGACAACCGUACAGCGCUCAAGUACAGCGCAGUUGAUUGCUGCCAAUCGAACUGCACAAAAGUGGAAUAUCAACCUAAGAAUAGAUGCGUUUGUCGACAAUAGCAACACCAAGUUGAAGAAAUAUUGGUCGUGGAAGAACAAUUCCAGAGCAGAGAGAACAGAUGCUUUCCAUACAGAGUUGUGUGAUAGUGACCCCAGCAUGGCCAACAUGAUGUUGGUGACCGAUGAUGUUGAAGCGCAGCAAGGCGGAUUCUCUGGUUUUCAAUAUGAAGAAUUCCUCGAAGCAUCCCCUACCAUUAGCAGUGAAGCACCUUGCGGUCCUAAACUCACUUUCCUUGCAGCAUCUGAGGGCGGUUCGUUCUACGGCAAUCUCAGUUUACCGAGUCGUUCAUUCUCAAGGCUUAAGCUUGGCUAGCAACGCCUUGGUACAACAGUGUUUCAAAGCUAGAAAACGAACAAGAAGCUACCAAACCGACAUCAGGGGGGCCUUCGAUAUCGAUCCGAUAUUGAAUUUAGU